GGCGAACAAGCUGGAUUUUUCUAAAUCCAGGCAUAAAGAUAUUUCUAGCUGUGUUUCCUGCCAUGCCUCUAAGCAGGCCAAGCCAGACAUUUGCCAGAACCUGUAAGAUGUCAGAAUGGUUAGAAACCCUUCAGCAGCUCGUAGGUUGGAAUCAAAAGUAGGCUAUGAUGUAAACAAACCUCUGCCCUCACCGUCGGGGUUUAUGGGAGGGAAACGCUACACCGCCCUGUUUGAUUGCACGGCUCGCACUGCAGAUGAUCUGACCUUUAGCACCCGGGAUAUUCUGGAGGUCAUCGACUACACCACCGAGGAAUGGUGGAUCGAAAGAACCAUGUCUACCAGUGCAAAGGGAUGCAUUCCUUCUAACUAUUUGGCGCCUGUAGAGAGGGUUGAUCCUGAACCAUGGUAUUUACCAGAGAUUAAGCGGCGGGAUGCAGAGAGGUUGCUGUUGUCUGAGGGCAAUAAGCAAGGUGCAUUCCUCAUUAGAAACUCUGAAUCUUUCAAAGGAGAGCUCUCUCUCUCAGUUUUGCACCGAGGGAGGGUAAAACAUUACAAGCUCCAGAAACAGGAUGAUAACUACUUCCUUUCUAGGAACAAGUCCUUCCCAACAUUGAAGGCGUUUGUGGAAUAUUACUCCAGACAGUCUGAUGUGCUGUGUGUCUGUCUGGGGGAGCCGUGCAGAAAGAUGGAGGAUCCACAGACCUAUGGUCUGGCCUACAACACAGCGGAUCCGUGGGAGAUUGAUCGCAGUUCUAUCAAACUACUAAGGAAAAUUAUAGACGGACUGUUCGAUGAGGUCUUUGAGGGGGUGCUGAAUGGUACUACACCAGUCGCAGUGAAGACACGAAAACCUGGUACAAUGGAUGCUGCAGAAUUCCUGGCAGAGGCUCAGCUAAUGAAGAAGCUGCGGCACCCUAAGCUGAUUCAGCUGUAUGCUGUGUGCACCUUAGAGGAACCAGUGUACAUAAUCACAGAGUUGAUGACGAAUGGAUGCCUGUUGGAAUACCUCAGAAAGGACAAAGGGGCCUCUCUCUGUAUCACACACCAGAUUGAAAUGGCCGCCCAGGUGGCAUCAGGCAUGGCUUACUUGGAGCAACAGAACUACAUCCACAGAGACCUGGCUGCCAGGAACGUACUGGUGGGAGAAAAUAACGUCUGCAAAGUGGCUAAUUUUGGAUUGGCAGAAUUUUUAAGGAAAAAUGAGAAUGUUUACGAGGCCGAGGAGGGGACUAAAUUUCCUGUGAAGUGGACCGCUCCAGAAGCUAUCCACGAUAACAAGUUCAGCAUCAAAUCAGAUGUUUGGUCCUUUGGAAUCUUACUCUAUGAGAUCAUGACAUUUGGUCAGAUGCCUUAUCCAAACAUGAAAAACAUGCAGGCGGUGACUUGGAUCAGUAAAGGUAACAGGAUGUCCUGUCCAGCGAACUGCCCGAAACCACUGCACAACAUCAUGUUGGACUGUUGGAAGGAAAAAGAACAGGAGCGCCCAACAUUUGAGACGCUGCAGUGGCAACUGGAGGAAUACUUUGACAUGGAGGAUGAGAACCCUUAUUCUACUUCUCUCUACUAAAGCAAAUACUCGCUUCUUUGCUCUAAUAGCAAUGGAUGACGGAUAUGAAAGUGAAACUUUGUGAAUAAUACUCACUUGAUUUAGCAAUAAUAGCCACAUUACUGAAAGCCCCACCUGGUGGGGAUGUUAGGAUAUUAAAAUUGAAAGCUCUGUUCAAGGAUAAAUACCCAACACUUUCAAUACCAUGGUAAUUAUUUUCUCUUUAUGGAAAAUUUGUUUAUUUGUCUGGUUGAGAACGACGAAAUAUGAUUUCCAAUAUGAAAAACAUAAUUUCAAUCUUAAUAAUUAAAGUAAUAGAUAAUCAAUUUAAAAAAAUAAGUAGAUCUAGAUCUUUGGCUGAUCAAAACUGUCAGUAAAAAGUCAAAGGUGAAUAACUCUAGAGGGUUUAUUGUAGGUAAAAAACUAUGAAGGUGUUACAGAAAAAAAGCAUUAAUUUAUUUAAUCCAGUUAAAGAAAUGAGAUCUAUGGUAAUCAUUCGGUUAGCACUUCAUUUGUCUUUGCAAAGAAGAGAACAAGAGAAUCAUACCAGCUUUCCCAGUUCAAUGUUCUCACCUUUUCUGGUCUUACAAUGUUUUUCUAAGUGAAUUCAAAAGCCUCGGUUACGCUUUGGCCUGCUUUGCUUCAUCCGGCCCAGGGUAUCUGCAUCUCUACAGGGUUCAAUUAUAUAUCAAGACUAUGACAUUGGGAUUCUAUAGACUUACAAAGGUUCUUGUCCCAAAACACCCUGCACUAAAAUCCCCUAGAAACAGCUAAGAGGAAAACACUGGACUAUUCUGAAGUGGUGGGCCCUUACCUAAAUCCCACUGAUAAACUUUGAAAGGAGUUAAAUCGUGCCAUCUGGAAAAGUCAGCCUUCAAACAUGGGACAACUGUUCAUGAGGAAUGGACCAAAAUACCUGCAGAGAGCAGCAGAAGUCUCAUUGACAGUUACAGGAAACGAUUGAUUGCCGCAAAGUUAGAGCAUUAAAGUAUUCGGUUAAGGGUGCCAUCAUUUUGGUCCAGGCCUGUAUCACAAGUGUGUUUUUUCAAAUCAUUCUUUUGAUGUAUGGUUGAAGAACAACUUCUUAGUCUAAUUUCUUCCUUUUUAUAGAUUUUUUAAAAACAUUUUUUUUUAUCUAUUAACACUUUUUUUAGAUUCAAGUUAUUUCUGUGCCCAUUGUGGUUUCAUGAAAGGUGGGGUACCAAAAGUUUUGUCCACAUGUGUAUAUACUUUUGAAAAUGUUUGUAAAUGGGAAAAUUAAAAGAAAUGUGUUUCCAAAUGUCACCAAGGUUACCUGGUUAUGUAUAACCAGUGAAUUCCACUCCCCUGAUCACUGGUCUUGGAUGUGCUGAAAUAUGUUCAGUAUUGAAGAGACGAUCUGCCUUGACCACCUCCAUCCAUGUUCAUCUCAUGUGUGAAAAAAAAUGGAGUUCAGUAUGCAAAACCCCAAUGUAAAAAAAAAAGGAGGGAAAUCUGGGUGCACUGUAAGUAGUUGCCAUUCAAAAUUAUGAAUACUUCCACCAUAAUGAACUUUUUGAAGAGUUUCAGUCUGGCUUUAGAGCUCAUCAUAGCACUGAAACAGCUCUGGUGAAAGUCACUAAUGAUAUUCUCAUGGCCUCAGAUAAUGGACUUGGAUCUUUGCUCGACCUGUUGGAUCUCAGUGCUGCAUUUGAUACAGUUAAUCAUAAUAUUCUUAUAAAAACAUUUUGUGGGAAUUAAAGUUAGCAGCAUU